AUGGACGAUUUUGACAAUCUUGAGCCGGGUGUGAACGGCAAGUCCACGAUGCUGGAAAUCCUCGACACAGCAGGAAGUGAACAAUUUGCCUCCCUACAAGACCUCUACAUCCGCAAUGGCCAGGGCUUUGUCCUCGUAUACAGCAUCACCUCCCUCCGAAGUCUCCUCAAUCUUGAAGCCGUCUACCAGCAGAUUCUUCGCUACAAGGCCAAAUUCCGCCAACGCUCCGCCUCCACCUCAUCCAAAGUCGAUCGACCCUCCGAAGUGCCCCCGAUCAUCCUGGUGGGCAAUAAGGUGGAUCUCGAGGCGACAUUGCGAGAGGUGGCGAGAGAAGACGCGGAGAACCUCGCCAGACGAUGGGGCUGCUGUGGAUUUGUGGAAACUUCGGCAAAGAAUGGCGAUGGUGUAAUAGACGCUUUCCGACAGGUGGUUCUCCGAAUGGCUCAGGAGGCUGCAACAAAGAAAGGCUGUGGAUCAGGCUGUGAAAUUCUUUGA